AUGCAACCUUCACCACCACCUCAACCAAAAAAGAAAAAAGGAAAAAAACCGGCCCGACCCACUACCAACCAAGAAAGGGUCCCAUGGACAAAAGAAGAAGAAGAAAAGUUAGCGGAGGCAUGGGUGGCGGCUUCCGAAGAUCCAAUUGUAGGAGAUAGCCAGACGUACGGAAGUUUUUGGGAAAAAGUCCGAGCCAUUUUUUACGAGUUAAUGGAAAGUGAAGCUCGAAAUGCCGAUCAAAUUACGUCGAAAUGGCGAGAUAUUCGAUUAAAAUGCACCGAUUUUGGAAGAAUCUACAACAAUCUCCUAAACAUACGCAAAAGCGGCUCGAACGAUUUUGAUGUUUUCAAGGCGGCCAUGGACCAAUAUGAAAAAACAACGCCUACACGCAAAGUUUUUCCGUAUAUGAAGCCGUGGCUAAAAUUGAAAGACUCCCCAAAAUGGAAAGAGCAAACGGAAGGAAGUUCCCAAUCUUCCGGUUCAAAGCGUUCGAGAAACCCCGAUGGAGCUUCUCAACAAUCGGACGGCCGAACACACAUCGACAUCAACGACGAUCCGAUAGAUCUUGAAACCGACCAACCUCUUCCUCGGCCUGUUGGAAGAAAUAAAGCAAAAAAAGCGGCGUCAACAUCUUCGAAUUCUAGUGUUAUGGAUAUGUUCGGCGAUAAAUUUGAUCGAUAUGUGCAGCUUCAGGAAACGAAGGCCGAGGUGAUGACUCGGAUGGAACAAAAAAUGAUCGAAGCACAAACAUCAUUUCAAGAGGCACAAGAGACACUCCAAACAAAAACCGAUAUGGAAAUCUUGAAAAUGAAAGCGGACGACCUUGAGGGCGAAGACUUGGAACUUUUUCUAGCAAUGAAAGAGUCGGUUCGAGCCCGACGUAGGCGUAGGGGGUAG